AUGGCCGGCACUUUGAGACCAGACCCCGAUCUUCAGCGGUUCAACACCGCCAGAGAGAAGAUGGGCCAUUACUUCCGCUUCAGACCCAGAUCUGCCAUCUUCAACGCUAUAUGGAUGGGUGCUGUGCCACUCACCAUGGCAUACAUUGCAUACAACUAUGAGGGUCAGCUCUCGUUCCAGAGGAAAUUCAGAAAGGAUGUUGUCUUGGAAGAGGAAUAUGUUCCUAGAAAGAAGGAUUUGUAA